CUACUCUCCGUGUGUUCCGCAUAGGUUUUCGCAAUCGCCGUGCGGAAUCGCGGUAAAAUCUCGCGAUUACAUUCACGAUCGAUUAGGCUCGGCAGCGCGGCUAAUGAACCUGAGUGUGACGAUGCAAGGCGCUAUAGUCGGCAAUCCGUUGCAGCGUCCUGCGUGAUCGCGUAAUUUACUCCGAGGCGUUGUGAAAAUCGGAGCGACCGUCGUCAAUCACCAUCGCGACGGAUGGUGACGCGGAGUGUUUUUUCUGAAAAAUGUGGCGGUGCUUUCAACGAAAAACGUCACCUUGUGCGGCCGAAUACGACAUUGAGGAACGAUUGGCGGAAGACUCGAAAGAUCCAACGCACUUCCUCGACUUGAGUGACAUCAUGGAUGAUGAUAUUGAUGAUAAAGAUGAUACAAAACGAAAAUCGCGUAAUCUCAGCGAAAAGAAACGCAGGGAUCAAUUUAACAUGCUUGUAAACGAACUCGGUAGUAUGGUUAGUGCAAAUGCGCGGAAAAUGGAUAAAUCUACGGUGUUGAAGUCGACAAUUUUAUUUCUAAAGAACCAUAAUGAGAUAGCAGUUAGGUCGAGAGUACAUGAGAUUCAAGAAGACUGGAAACCGUCUUUUCUCUCUAAUGAAGAAUUUACUCAUCUUAUAUUAGAGGCGUUGGAUGGAUUUAUAAUGGUUUUCUCUUCAAACGGACAUAUUUAUUACGUCUCUGAAAGUGUUACGUCUUUGCUUGGGUAUCUUCCAAAUGAAUUAGAAAACACGUCUAUUUACGAUAUAACAUAUCAAGAAGAUCAACCACAUUUAUACAAUGUUUUGUUGAAUCCCGGAAGCACACGAGAUAGACGUAGUAUAAAAAAAGAGGAUCAAAUUUCUUUUACGUGUCAUAUCAAAAGAGGCGGACUCGAUUUUCGGGAAGAAUCUAUCUACGAAAUUGUACAGUUUAUCGGAUACUUUCGUUCUGCUAUGGAUAGCGAUGUUGACAAUCUAGUGCCAAGUCAGAAACUUAGUAAUACUAGCGGAUCAGAUAACAAAUUGGUUUUCGUGGGUACGGGACGUUUGCAAACUCCUCAGCUUAUUCGAGAAUUAUCCGUGACAGAUAGUACGAAGUCAGAAUUCACAUCUCGUCAUAGUCUCGAAUGGAAAUUUCUAUUUUUGGAUCACAGAGCUCCGCCUAUUAUCGGAUAUCUGCCUUUUGAAGUUUUAGGCACUUCUGGUUACGAUUAUUAUCACGUAGAUGAUUUAGAUAAUGUAGUUACGUGCCAUGAAUCUUUGAUGCAGAAAGGUGAAGGAACGUCUUGUUACUAUAGAUUCCUCACGAAAGGUCAGCAAUGGAUUUGGUUACAAACUAGAUUUUACAUUACCUACAAUCAGUGGAACUCAAAACCAGAAUUCAUUGUGUGCACGCAUUACGUGAUCAGUUAUGUCGAUGUAAUGAAGAAAUUGCGUACAGAAUUGGGGGAUUAUGACAAAACGCAAAAUCAAGAUAUUUUACUGCCCGUAAAACAAGUGGCAUCUUGUCAAUCACCGUUAACGCAAUGGUCAACCAAAUCAUCGAGAACAUCGAAGUCACUGACAGUCGCUUCUAAUCUCCGACAUCGCGGUGACGAUUCCAAUACGUCCUCAAUAUCUGUCUCAUUACGAAGUUCACCACACUCGCAAAUAACACAUGGAUCGAGAUCGAACGCAGCAUCUGCAAGCAGUUCUGUUGUGUCAAAACCAAUAGCUUCGGUUGACAGUAGGCAACAGCAACAAACACAACAACAGCAGCAAUUACAGCAACAGCCACAACAUCAACUUGAUGUUAAUCAGUCAUGUAUUAAUUUUAUGGAUCCCACGCAAUAUGCAACGGUUAAUUUGCAAUCGGUAGUUACAACCGAAUUUGCAACUCCUGCUGCUCCAAUUCUGUCAACUGUACCUACUCAUGAGAUAUUGCAUCAGCAAGGUAUAGUAAUGACUUCUGCGCAAAAUCAAAUACAGGAUGAAUUGCAACGGAAGCAUGAAGAGUUACAGCAAUUAAUUGUUCAUAAACAGCAGGAAGAAUUAAGAAGGGUUUCAGAACAAUUGUUUAUCGCUCGAUAUGGAAUUCUCACGCCAUUAUUGAAUGCUGGUAUACCGUAUAAUCCAUCAAAUCCGUGUCAACAAGCAAAUCGGUGUAAUACAAAUAAUACUAACGUGCAGUUAUCCACAUCCAACAGUGUACAAGGCGUAAAUGUGCUUCCCAUACCAAUUACCGUACCAGUGCCUAUAGUGCCUACGGAAUUAUUUUCGCAUUCUUUACAAGUGAAUCCGUCACCAGGCUCGACGCAUGGCAAUGUGGGCGCUAUAAUUCAAACCCAACAGCAUUCGCAAUUGCAACAGCAACAGCAGCAGCAACAGCAGCAACAGCAACCACAACCACAACAACAACAACAACAGCAACAACAGGGGUCAUCGCAACAGGAAGGUAGCAAUUCCAGUCUCGGUCUCGUGCCUUUCCAGAUCUGUCUACAACAGGCCGAGAUGAUCUACAGUAACAUGGAGGCGUCCUCAAAUCAACAACAGAGAUCAUCGCAAAAUUAAAAAAGACUCUCUUUUAUUUUUGAUAUUUUAACUGUAUGAACAAAAACUUUCUUUUUUUUAAAUGUAGAACUCUACAAAGUUUUUUUAAGUUCGUUUUGUUUAUUUAUUGCAUGUACUAUACAAAGAAAACAGUAGAUAAUAUUUUAUGUAAAAAAAAUAUAAACAUAUAUUUUUUCUUGUCCUUCUUUUUCUUUUUUCUUCUGGAGAAAGAUGCAAUUUUUGUAAAAAAUGUUAUAUGUUGCAUGUGUACAAAAAGAUUCUAAUUGUAAAAAGUUAUAGUAAGUUCAUUGUAUAAUAGCAGCAGCCAAAUAUUAUGUAAACUGUGACAGAAUUUUGAUAUAGUGCAAUAGUGUACAAGUUUUUA